AUGUCUGAUAUCCCUCCUUCCCAAACUAUGUUCAACGCUGAUAGCCCAUCAAUUCCUGAGUUGCGUUAUGACGGCGCAGGGAAUGCGUAUGCGCGUGAUCAUGCGGGAAAUUGGCUGUCCCAUCCUGGGAUCGCUCGGGCUGUCGCUCAAGUACACUGGCCUCAAGAUCACAUGUCUUAUAAACAACGUGGAGUUACGCCCUUGACGUAUGGACUCACCACUCCUGCCGACUUCUCCCAACCUCGUGAGGCAUCUGAAUCACCAGCCUUACCGUCUGGGUCCCAAGACCUUCGUGACCCUGUGGCGAUUGCUGAGGCUCGUGGGUAUGCGCCUGCCGUCAGAACUGCUGGCGCACGUCGCAAGACUGCAGCCAAAGCAAACAAAGGCAAGGGAAAAGAGAAUACUGAGCGUGCUCCCAAGCGCGCACGCGCAGCUGAGGACGACGAAGAUGACCCAAGGGCCGGGGCCAAACGCGGCCGGCCCUCUGGGUCUAACAAUUACAGCCCGACUGACAUUCAGGUCCUCCUGGACUUCGUCGAAGAUGAGUGCCCUCUGGGCCAGAAAGGGUGGCAAGCCAUCCAUUCGAAGUACAGUGAGUGGGCAAGGGACCAUGAACGUCCUCCUCGCAAAGCUAUGUCGCUUGAAACGAAGUUCAAACAAUUGGUGAAAACCACGAAUCCCACAGGCGAUGGUGUUUGUCCCCCCGACGUAACUCGUGCCCAUGAGAUUGACGCACUCAUCAAUGAGCGUGCCGGUACGCGUGAUCUCAACGACUCGGAUUUCGAUGCCGACAACAGCCAUGAUGACUUGCGAAAUGCUACUCCCCCCAUUGAGCAUACUGCAGUCACUCGUGCCACUCGCACCGAUGCUCCUGUGCCACGCCGCCAAGGUGCAGCUGCCUCAGAGUUGCUCACGCGCAUCAGCGGGGCCUUUGACCCCGCCGUCCAGGAAGCUCGGGACGAGCAACGUGCCAACCGAUCCAUCGCAAAUACUCAACUACUCACCCAAGCACAGCAGCUACAAGACGCCAAUGCAGUCACAGAGCAGUUACACACUCAACUGUAUGACAUGCGCAGCAAACUCUACACUGUCGAACGCGAACGCGACCUUAGUCAGCUUCGCGUGGAAAUGAUGCAGAUGCAUGGGUCUGCUCCCAACCCAGCUCCUCGCCACGCCCAUCCCAACUCAGCUCCUCGCCAUGCACGUCACCGGCACAAACCCAAACAGCCGAGUUACACCUAUUACCCUGAUGGAGGCCAAAGUGUCAUUUGGCACAGUGAGACAGAGACUCUCACCAACAUGUCUGAUCGUCGUUCGAUUUCUCCUCACUUUACUGAUGUUACCCCUACUGAUUUCGGUACUACUCCUUCUCCUCGGCGUGGAGGACCGUCUCGCUGGGACAAGUAG